AUGCUCAAAAGCACGAAUAUUGGUGAUGCUUCAAAGGAUUACAACAUGCGACAGAAGACACUGCGGCUUCGCAUAUUCAAAUGCCUCGCUUUGUUAACCGCGUAUCCCGUCUGUCUGGUGAGAGAAGAAAGCGGAAAGCUCUCCGUAGACGUGGACAGCUAUUGUGUAGAAGCUGCACGCCAGCUCGAGGAGCUAUACUCUGUUCAACAGGAUGAGUCCCUGCCACAGAAUUCGUCGCAGCACACAGAGUUGACCCCUGAAUCUUCUGUUAACGACAACUCAAAUGCCGAACACGUCCAUUUCUUCGAGGCCUUCUCAUUGCAACUUGAGAUGGAAUGUCGCAACUCACGUCCAAAAACCAAGUUCUCGCCUCUAGUUACUCAACAGAUCAUCACAAGCAUCCGCCAGAUUCUUGAAAACUUGAUUGAUGACCACCAACUGGAUAAUGCCAGAUCUCCCAUCGUCCGUAGGUUGCUCUCCUCCCCACAGUAG